AUUAAAUUGGGAAUGAUGCAAAAAUAAAAUUAGUUUACAUUUACUAUUGUAAUUCAUCCUCCUUUUGUUGAUUAAGAAAAAUAAGAAGAAUAAUUUUACCCAUCAAUAGGAUAUAAUUUUGCUACUGGUAAUGUUGAACGUAAAAAUAAUAAAUUAUUUAUAGCUGGAUGGGCUUUCAUAAGUAAAGAUUAACCACCUUGUGUUCCUUAUUUUUCUUCAUAUGUUUAAAAGUAGAAUGGAGCAGAAUUUUUAAUAACAGGAGGUGCUUAUAAUGAAAAUAAUCACAUAUAGAGCUCAGCCUUUUGUUUUAGAAUUUAAUUACAUGAUCAUAUGGAAGGACAUAGAAUUAAAUAUGAAUUAUGGAGAUAAGGAUUAACAAGAGAAGAUGAAGAUGGCAAUGAAAUUGAAGCAGAAAAAGUAUCUGUAAUACCAUAAAUGAAUGAUGCAAGACAUAAUCAUAAAGUUUUUGAAUUAUUAAAACCAGGAACUACAAAUUAAUAUUUAUAUUUAGUAGUUGGAGGUUAAUUUAUAAUUUAAGAUGAAUGGGGUUUCUUGAAUUCAUGUGAAAUCUAUGAUGAAAAAGGACCUGUCAAUUAAAAUGGAGAAUAAUAAUGGGAAAUAGUAGAACCUAUGAUUUAAGCUAGAGCUGGAUUCUCAGGAUUUGUUUUAAAUAAUAAAGUAUAUGUAUAUGGUGGAUUCACCUUUGAAAAUGAAGAAACAGUAAAAUUAAUAGAAAUUAUAUUUAGAAAAUCCUACAUAGCAAUAAAGUAGAAUGUUUUGAUAUAACAACAAGAAAAUGGAAAGAUUUUAAAUAUAGACAAGGUUUAAAUAUUACAAAUCAUUUGGGUUCAUCUUGUAUGCCUAUUUCAGAGAAGCAUAUCUUAAUUUUUGGAGGUUCAAAUGGUGAAAAGGUUACAGAUAACAUAGCUAUAAUGGAUGUUGAAAAAGGAUCAAUAGAAAAUUUGAAAUCAAAAACAAAAUUAAGUGUUCCACGAGCAGGUUCUUAGAUUUUUUAUUUAUAAGAAUUUAAAUUAGCUGGUAGAUUAUUAUUAAUAAAAAUUAGAUUCAGCUUAAAAAAGAGAUCUAAUUGUAGUAUUGGGAGGUAAUUAAGAGGAGUUGAGCUUUGAUUAUUUUGCAAUAAAAAAUAAGAAUGCCUUUGAAAUUGAGUAUGUAGGAAAGAAUGAAUUCAAUAAUGCUUUUACUGGAGCAGUAACUGGAACUUAUGCUUUUGGAGGUAUUAAUGAUAUUAGGGCCUGGGUAAAAACGAUGUAGUACAUGCCAGUUGUGACAUUAAUAUAAUGA